GGACGCGGCCGGGGCCGGGCCGGAGGGUUCCGGUGCGGGGCGAAGACGUGUCGGCCGGGGCCGCGCAGCGACAGGCGCUGCUGCCCCUGGCCCUCUCGGAACAGCGCCCGGCCCGGGGCCGGCCCGGCGGCACCAUGGCCGGGACCAGCAGCCCCGAAGCCGUGAAGAAGCUGCUGGAAAACAUGCAGGGAGACCUGCGGGGCCUGAGCCUGGAGUGUCGGAAAAAAUUCCCCCCCGUCAAGGAGGCUGCUGAAUCAGGAAUAAUAAAAGUGAAAACAAUAGCUGCACGCAACACUGAUAUUUUGGCAGCAUUGAAAGAGAACAGCUCAGAAGUAGUUCAGCCUUUUCUCAUGGGUUGUGGAACAAAGGAACCAAAGAUCACUCAGUUGUGUCUAGCAGCCAUACAGAGGCUCAUGUCCCAUGAAGUUGUUUCAGAGGCUGCAGCAGGAAACAUUAUUAAUAUGCUUUGGCAAUUGAUGGAGAACAGCCUUGAAGAACUUAAAUUGCUCCAGACAGUUCUUGUACUUUUAACAACCAACACUGUUGUGCAUGAUGAAGCACUGUCCAAGGCAAUUGUACUUUGCUUUCGAUUGCACUUCACAAAAGAUAAUAUCACAAAUAACACCGCGGCAGCUACAGUGCGGCAGGUGGUUACUGUUGUAUUUGAGAGAGUGGUUGCUGAAGAUGAACGAUAUAAAGAUAUUAUUGACCAGCCAGUUGCAGUUCAAGGAAAUAGUAACAGAAGAUCUGUCAGUACACUGAAACCAUGUGCUAAGGAUGCAUACAUGCUUUUUCAGGAUCUUUGUCAGUUAGUUAAUGCCGAUGCUCCUUACUGGCUUGUGGGUAUGACAGAAAUGACCCGGACAUUUGGCCUCGAACUUCUUGAGUCAGUCCUCAAUGACUUUCCACAAGUGUUUUUACAACAUCAGGAAUUCAGUUUUCUUCUUAAAGAAAGGGUAUGCCCUCUAGUUAUAAAACUCUUCUCCCCAAAUAUCAAAUUCAGGCAAGGUUCCAGCACGUCAUCUUCCCCAGCACCAGUGGAAAAACCAUACUUCCCCAUCUGUAUGCGUUUGCUGAGAGUAGUUUCUGUUUUGAUUAAACAGUUUUACAGUUUGCUGGUAACAGAAUGUGAAAUCUUUCUGUCAUUGCUGGUUAAGUUUCUGGAUGCAGACAAACCACAGUGGCUAAGAGCUGUUGCAGUAGAAUCUAUUCACAGACUUUGUGUGCAACCUCAACUAUUAAGGUCCUUUUGUCAAUCGUAUGAUAUGAAGCAACAUUCCACUAAAGUUUUCCGUGACAUUGUGAAUGCAUUGGGGUCCUUUAUCCAGUCACUAUUUCUUGUACCAAGCACAGGGAACACAUCAGCAACACCAAACCAAACUGGAAGCAAUGCAUCAGGGAAUACUGGCUCAGCACAGACUAACCCAGGAGUGCUAGGAAUGGGAGGAGGUGCAACUGUAUUACCUGCCUUUGAGUACAGAGGCACUUGGAUACCCAUCCUGAAUGUAACAGUACAAGGCAGCGCUAAAGCUACAUAUUUGGAAAUGCUGGACAAAGUAGAGCCACCUACAAUCCCUGAAGGCUAUGCCAUGUCGGUGGCAUUUCACUGUUUACUGGAUCUUGUCCGUGGUAUCACUACCAUGAUUGAAGGAGAGCUGGAAGACACAGAAACAGUCACUCCAACCACAGCAGAGACAACUUCAUUACCACCGCAGUCUUCAGAGCAGCAAGAUUUGCAGUCUCUUUCUGAUCAAUCAGAGAAAGAAUUAGUUAGCAGAGCUGUCUGGGAAGAAAUGGUGAAUGCUUGUUGGUGUGGUCUUCUGGCUGCUUUAUCCCUCCUACUUGAUGCAAGUACUGAUGAAGCUGCCACUGAAAAUAUUCUAAAAGCAGAAUUGACCAUGGCUGCACUUUGUGGAAGACUGGGUCUUGUAACAUCAAGAGAUGCCUUUAUCACUGCCAUUUGCAAAGGAUCCUUGCCUCCUCACUAUGCCCUUACUGUAUUAAACAGCACAACUGCAGCUCUGUCCAGCAAAUCAUAUUCCAUUCAGGGACAGAAUGUUCAAAUGAUUAGUCCCUCAAGUGAGUCUCAUCAGCAAGUUGUAGCAGUAGGGCAACCCUUAGCUCUUCAGCCACAGGGAACAGUAAUGUUGACAUCAAAAAAUAUCCAGUGUAUGAGGACAUUACUCAACUUAGCUCACUUCCAUGGAGCCGUUCUUGGUACAUCUUGGCAGCUUGUCCUGGCUACUCUUCAGCAUCUUGUGUGGAUUCUGGGACUGAAGCCUAGUGUUGGAGGUGCAUUAAAACCUGGAAGAGCUGUGGAAGGGCCCAGUACAGUUCUGACUACAGCAGUUAUGACUGAUCUGCCAUCUAUAUCCAGCAUGAUUUCAAAGCUUUUUGAAAACUCACAGUACCUUGAUGAUGUGUCUUUACACCACUUAAUAAAUGCCCUUUGCUCCUUGUCUCUGGAAGCCAUGGAUAUGGCCUAUGGAAACAAUAAGGAACCAUCGCUUUUUGCUGUUGCUAAAUUACUGGAAACAGGACUAGUUAACAUGCGCAGGAUUGAGAUUCUUUGGAGACCUCUGACCGGUCAUCUUCUGGAGAAGGUCUGUCAGCAUCCUAACUCCAGAAUGAGAGAAUGGGGAGCAGAAGCUUUAACUUCUCUCAUUAAAGCAGGGUUGACAUUCAGACAUGAUCCUCCAUUGUCUCAAAAUCAGAGACUGCAGUUGCUUUUAUUGAAUCCACUAAAGGAGCUGUCAAACAUUAGUCAUCCUGAUAUCAGGAUCAAGCAGUUGGAGUGUGUGCUACAGAUUUUACAGAGUCAGGGUGACAGCUUAGGACCUGGUUGGCCAUUGGUGCUUGGAGUCAUGGGGGCAAUCCAAAGUGAUCAGGGUGAGUCCUUAAUACGGACUGCAUUCCAGUGUCUUCAGUUGGUUGUGACCGACUUCCUUCCAACAAUGCCAUGUACUUGUCUACAGAUAGUUGUUGAAGUUGCUGGAAGCUUUGGACUUCACAAUCAAGAGCUAAAUAUUAGCUUAACUUCAAUUGGUUUGUUGUGGAAUAUUUCAGAUUAUUUUUUCCAAAGAGGCGAAAUAAUUGAAAAGGAGCUAAACAGAGAAGAGGCAAUGUUGCAGAAACAGGCGGAAGAAAAGGGAGUGAUGCUGAAUAGACCUUUUCAUCCUGCAUCACCAUUUGACUGUCUUUGGUUAUGCCUGUAUGCCAAACUUGGAGAACUGUGUGUGGAUCCCCGACCUGCAGUUAGAAAGAGCGCUGGACAGACAUUGUUUUCUACUAUUGGUGCUCAUGGAACUUUAUUGCAACAUUCAACAUGGCACACAGUAAUAUGGAAGGUUUUAUUUCAUCUGUUGGAUAGAGUUCGAGAAUCCUCUACCACAGCUGACAAAGAGAAGAUUGAAUCAGGAGGAGGCAACAUUCUCAUCCAUCAUUCAAGGGAUACAGCUGAGAAACAGUGGGCCGAGACAUGGGUAUUAACACUGGCUGGAGUUGCAAGAAUAUUUAACACCAGGAGAUACUUACUGCAGCCUUUAGGAGACUUUUCUCAAGCCUGGGAUGUUCUUCUUGAUCACAUCCAAUCAGCAGCACUCAGCAAAAAUAAUGAGGUUUCCUUGGCUGCUCUGAAAAGCUUCCAGGAGAUCUUACAAAUUGUUUCUCCCGUUCGAGACUCUGAGAAGCCUGAGACACCACCUGCCAUCAAUGUUUCUGUACCUCUGGUGGUAGGGACAACAACUGCCACUAGUCUUGGUAGAUCAUUCAUGAGAACUGACUCCAUUGGAGAAAGAAUAGGAAGAUAUAAUGGAUCUGAACUGCCUGUAAUAACAGAUGAGAUUGAAGAUUUGAAUCUUUGGUGGGCAGCCUGGAACAGCUGGUAUAGAAUUGGUUCUGAAAGUACAAGGCCUCCAAUUACUUGUGAUAAAUUGACUUUCAUUCCCAGCCAGCCUUUUCUUACAGCUUUAAUUCAAAUAUUCCCAGCUCUUUACCAACACAUCAAAACUGGUUUCAGCAUGGAUGAUCUCCAAAAGCUGGGUGUCAUUUUGCAUGGUGCUGUUUCAGUUCCAAUCAGUUCAGAUGCUUCCCCUUUCAUCCUUCCGUCUUACACUGAAGCAGUUUUGACAAGUUUACAAGAAGCAGUGCUUACAGCUUUAGAUGUUUUACAAAAGGCUAUAUGUGUGGGCUCAGAAAGUAUGCAGAUAAUGUAUCCUGCAAUCUUUGACCAACUGCUGGCCUUUGUAGAAUUUUCAUGUAAGCCUCCACAGUAUGGACAGCUGGAAACAAAGCACAUUGCAAAUGCAAAGUAUAAUCAGAUACAACUAUUUGCACCGGCGGAAUGGGUAGCACUGAAUUAUGUACCAUUUGCUGAGAGGUCUUUGGAAGUUGUGGUGGACUUAUACCAAAAGACAGCUUGCCAUAAAGCUGUGGUAACAGAGAAAGUUCUUCAGAACAUUAUUAAGACACUAAGAAUACCUCUCAGUCUGAAAUACUCCUGUCCUUCUGAAAGCACAUGGAAGCUAGCUGUUUCCUCUCUUCUCAAAGUCCUCUCCAUUGGACUACCUGUUGCAAGGCAGCAUGCAUCUUCUGGAAAAUUUGACAGUAUGUGGCCAGAGCUAGCAAAUACUUUUGAAGACUUUUUAUUCACAAAAAGUACACCUCCUGAUAAUCUCUCAAUUCAAGAAUUUCAGAAGAAUGAGAGUAUUGAUGUUGAGGUGGUGCAGCUUAUCAGCACAGAGAUACUGCCAUAUGCUAAUUUUAUUCCUAAGGAAUUUGUUGGUCAGAUAAUGACUAUGCUCAAUAAAGGUUCAAUACAUUCUCAGUCCUCCUCCUUUACAGAAGCCGAAAUAGAUAUUCGAAUGAGAGAGGAGUUUUCUAAGGUGUGUUUUGAAACACUGCUCCAGUUUUCAUUCAGUAAUAAAGUCACAACUCCUCAGGAAGGCUACAUUUCUAGGAUGGCACUUUCUGUGCUCUUGAAAAGGUCACAGGAUGUAUUGCAUCGCUACAUAGAAGAUGAGAGAUUGAGUGGCAAAUGUCCUCUUCCACGGCAGCAAGUAACAGAAAUCAUAUUUGUUUUAAAAGCUGUCAGCACUCUCAUAGAUUCACUUAAAAAAACUCAACCUGAAAAUGUUGAUGCUAGCACAUGGGCACAAGUUAUUGCCUUGUACCCGACUUUAGUAGAAUGUAUUACCUGCUCAUCCUCGGAAGUGUGCUCUGCUCUGAAGGAGGCACUGGUUCCUUUUAAGGACUUCAUGCAUCCACCAGCAUCCAAGGUACAGAAUGGAGAGUCUUGACCCCAUAAAACUUCUUUUUUAUUCUUGAAGGGAAAAAAAGUAUCCAAAAAUGUUUGUUCCCGGGUGAAGUUUCUCUGAGGAAAUCUCUUGUGACUAGUACUUUGGCAACUGUGCUGACUGCCUUUUAACUGUACUAACAAGAGCUCAGUAAGUCGUGAAUAUAGGCUAUAUCUCAAAGGUUCCAGAGUGAGUAGCAGUGCAAACCUUUAAUAAAUUUAACUGACUAGUUGGAAUCAUUUAUAAUCUAAUGUACUUGCUACAGUAUCUUGAAGUGGUGAUUGAAAAGUGGGCUUAUGUACAGCUUGUUGUGUAUGUGUUAAUGAUGUAAUUAAAAAUAAUUCAAUUCAGUCAGAUUUAUUAGGCUGGUGUUUUGCACCCUUUUUUUGAAGUACGAAUUGUACUAAAAUUUUAUGCAAGAUGGUACUGUAACAUUCCAUAUAUCUGUAACCAGCCUUUGUAAACAAAGGGAACUGAUAUACUUGUGUGUAUAAUAAAUGGUACAGUUCUGUAUAAAAUAGUUGCAUUUAUUAUUUAAAUUCUUUUUAAAAUAUUGAUAAUGUCAAAUGCUUGAAAAUGUAUUUAUUAUGAAUAAGUUGUAUGCUUGCAUUUUUACUUACAGUUUGCCUUCUAAAUUGCCAGAUAUGCUCAUCCAUAUCUGAUCAUGUUAUUAAUUUUUGCUUAAUUGAAUGUAUCUUCUUUGUGGCUAUUGGACAUCUACAAAGGGUCAUAUAACAAAAGAUUGCAGCAAGCAGUCACAGUCUGCUGAUCUCAAACUUCAGAGUAGUUGACCUGAAAUGUUUGAAUAUGCAGAAAUCCACUGUAGCACUUCAAGACUACCAUACCUCACUUCAUAAUAUAUUUUUUCAAGAUGUUUGUUUUACUUAAUUCUGUCCAUUUUUGUAGUUGCAGCCUUGCUUUAAAAAAAAACCCAAACAUAUUUGAGGAUUGUUAGCCUUUUCUGGCCUUCUUGGCAAGUGUCACAAUCUUUGAAUCAUGACCCAAGAAAGGUGAUUUCAAGUAUCUAAAAUACUUGGCUGUAAUACUGUGUUCAGUAAUUCUAAGUGCUUUGUUUUGUAAUGUCUUUUCAACCCAAACAAAUUGUUCUAAUCUUUUAAUUAUAAACUGUGUCUGAUAAAAACCGCGAGAAGUGUAGUUUUGAAGAUAGUUACUCAUUUAGAAAUGCAGUAAAAUUUGUCAUUAAGUAAAUGUGAAUGUUUCACUUUCACGUAAUACACAAUUGAAGUAAAACACUUUUAAUAGUAUUGUUUUUAAAGUUUGUGAUCUAGCAUUUAAACUCUUAUUUAAUUCAUUUUGAUUUCAGUAAUGUUUCACCUGUAUUCACAUAUUUUUAAUCUGUGAUGUGAAAGCACAAAGGCCAAAUAUAUAUACAAAAAAAAGACAGGUGCCUUCCUAUGGAUUUCAGAGCUUAUCUUUAGGGUUUUGUUUCUUCAAGUCUUUUGUAGAUAUUAAAAGAUAUUGUCAUGCUUAAGAAAUGGUAUUACAUCUGUUUGCUUUGCACUUCCCUGGCUAAAGGGACAUUGAUUGGUCCAUAUGAACAGGUGUAAAAGUUGUAGAAGCUUCAAGCUGAAGGUGUGAUGAACUGGUCAGGGCUACCCUGCAUGAAUAAUGUUCUUCAAGCAGGGCUUUGGACAGGUUGCUCCCACAAGGCUCCAGUUUAUGGUCCUUUUUAAAAACUUUCUAUUUCAAAAUACAGUAAAUAUUAAAGAGGCUUCAAACCUUGCACAUUUCUGUGACCAAAGUUGCAUAGAACUUAAUUGUGAAGCGUGGAUAGUUUUAAGAGAACACACAGUUUACAUUAAAGAAGCAAGUUCUUCUCAUUAAUAGAAUUUAUGUCAAAAUACCUUCUGUGGAGGAGCAGUUCCAGUAUACUGCAGAACUGGGUGUCGCAUACAGGUAACAACAUUAUCCAUACUCUGAAAGUGAAAAUCUCACAACUGCUCUCCUAAUUAGUGGAAGAUAAGUCAAAGUCUAUGAGGUUAUUAAGGAAACAAAGCGUAGGACAGGAAAGAAGGGAAUUAAUUUGUUUUAGAAUAUAUUAUUUUAACCAGAAUUUCUGAAAAGAGGUGUGCAGACCAAGCUGUGGGUGAAUUUGUUUCUAAUUAGUUUCUAAUUGAUUUUUCAGUGGUAAUACAGAUGCAUUUGUCCAAUAAGGUAAAUCUUCAUUUUUAUCUGUAAUUCAAAAAGGGGAUGCAUUAGUCUUUCCAGACUCUAGAACUUAGGCUAUUUUACCACCUAUAGACAUUAAUCUUCCAAAAAUUUUGAAAUAAACUACCAAUGAGCUAACUUUCCUUUCUUUCUUCUUAAUUACAAAAUUAAUAAUAUCUGUGCUAUUUGAGGUGUGUUUUGGACAUGCAAGCUUGGUUUGACUGUAUAAAAACUGCUUUCUUUUAUUUGGUAUAAAUACUUUGAGAACUAAAAACAAAGCUACUUAGCUUAGAAAAGAUGUUUUCAUUGAAUUUAUUUUGUCUGUGAAUAAGAAUUAUUCCCUUUACUGUGCCUUCUUGUCCAUCACUCAAAUAUUUCUUCCAACUUGAAGUAUCAGUUUCUUUUUUCUCUUUGUACUUUCUGCGAAACAUUCUUAGGGUUUCUUUGAUGCAAACAGCAUUUUUGAAUGUUUAAAUUUCACAUUUUUACAUGUUUUUAGCAAGGUAAAUCUUGCUUUGGAAGGGAAUCAAAUUAAUUUAACAUUACCUAUUGAGUAGACCCAUGUCCAAGUUCUUUUCAAGUCUGUAGGGUUGCUUAUUCAUGAGAAGUAAAACCCAUGAACUUUUUCAGGAUCAGGGUCUGCAGUGUGUCACUGAAGGCAGCCAGAAGAGGGAUACAGCUGACUGUAUAGAAAUGUGUCAGCUGGAAAUUAGAAGAUAAGCAUUAAUUGCUUAUUGAAUGUAACCACAGUCUUCACCUUUUUCCUUCUUGUCUACAAUUUUAAAUAAGACAUGGAUGGGAAUUCAAAUUAUUAGAUUAUUAGCAUGUUCAUAUCAAGACUUUGGAUUACUUGGGAAAACUUGUGUGUCUCAAUGCCAUGACCAUUAAUGUACUCAAGGAUUUAAGAUUGCAUAGUAACUGAUUAUGAAAAAAGAAAGAGGCCUCAAGCUGGGAACUUCUAAGAAUAAGAUGUUCUUUAAGAAGUAACCUACAGUAGUUAUUUGCUUAUCUUCAGAGAUGGUUAUCUAACUGGAAUCUGUUUUGUUCCCUUGUACAUGAGCCUGCUUCCCCACCUCUUUUAUUGGUGAACUGUGGAAUGUUUCUGGACAUUAAACCACAUGAAACACAUGGUGACUGUAAAUUAUUUACAAGAGUAAGUGAGAGUACAUCUGUGAAAAUCAGUAGUUUUUCAUCAUAUUCUGCAGAUGGAGUUCUUUCUUUACUUGGGUUGAGUUGUUUCUUCUUGUCAAACAGCAAAUCUUCUCAUAGCUGGCCUUGAACUCUUCAGGCAAGAUAUUUUUAGCAAGAUUAAUGCCUUUCUUUUCCUCAGCACAUGACAAGCACAAGUACUAGUCAUCAGUGAGAGAAGGAAUUGCUGUCCACACCUGCCUUGUGAGCAGUGCAUAUUCUGACUGCUACAGGCCCGUAAGGGUGUUUAAAGUGGGGUGCAUCAGAAAGUUCCAAAUAAGGCAGCUAGUGUGUAGGGUUUGUUUAAAUUGGAAUCCAAAAUUGUGCACAGAUAUGGCCUAUAUCCAUACGUGUAAAGCAUUUAACCAUCAGCAAAAUAUUGAUAUUAUAUUUUUAUUCCCUGCAAAGAGCUUACUUUCUCCGUGGAGUUUCCACCCCUACUUUCUGACAGUACUUUUCUGUGUGUGCUUUUCUGUGUGUGCUUCAGGUGUAAGUUUUUGGGGCAGGGACUCUUCGUCUAUACAGCAUUUUGUAUAUCGGGGCAAGUAUAAGUCCAAUAAAAAUGAUGGUAAAAAGUCAAUGUAGAAGAUAGAUUUCAUUUGCAGAGUACAUACUCUUUAGGGUUCAUAGCUGAGUUGUAGUGUUCAGGUUUAUGUCACAUUCAAAGUAUCUGACUGCUGUGUAAUUCAAGACAGAUAACAUUACACCCCCUAGGAAUCCGGUUGCUGGGAUCAAGAAUGACUACAGCAGCAGCAAGUGAGCAAAAUAUUGCAUGGAUGGUUUAAGACAACUUGUGUGAGAAAGAAAGUGAAAUUCAAUACUCAUGAUUCUUAGGGAGGAGGGAGAACCUCAAAAUAAAAAUGACUGGACUUGAAGAAGGUAGCCCAGAAAAUUGAUAGGGAAGAUCUCACAGAAGACAAGUUUGAGUUACGAGAGGAACUGAGGAGAUAAGACAGUUCCUUGGAGAUGUGAAGGUCUUAACUGAAAAUAUGUGCCAAGACUAGCUGUAAUAAGAGACCAACUCAGUUAAACAAGGAAUUCCAUUGAAUUCAAAUACAAUGAGCAGAGGACCAUGGAAGGUGGAAAUUCAGAUAAUGCCAAAGAGCAGUGUCAACAGAUAGGGAUGAAAGUAGAUGAGAUACACCAGUCAGCUGACAGAAUAAAUGCAUAAGUAGUAAAAGAUUUGCACUAAAAAAAGUUCUGACUACUUAAAAGAGUAUGGCUGUUGACACAGGUGAUUGGUGUUUGGUUCAGAGCUGCAAUUUCUGUUGAUUUUUUUCGUUUGUUACAGUGAUGACUGAUCCAAAAAGUCACUGCCAACUGCCAGUGUAUUGCUUGUGCAAAUGAUAUGAGUGACAAAGAUUGAAGAAGCUUGCCUGGAAAAAGGAAAACAGGAUAGAAAAUGGUUAUAUCCUGUCAAAUUGACUGAGCAGGACAAAUUUUUUCCUGGUAUUUAAAGAACUAAUCUGAGUAAUUUCAGCAUUUUAAAGAUCAUCUUUGUGAUGUCCUUGUGUCCUAUCAGUUAGCGAGUAACAUGCUAAAAACCAAUCCUUGUAUUUCUGAGUUCCUUAUUUAAGCAUUUUUGUCUCGAUUAUGAAACAACUUUGAUAAAAAGGAUAAGGUAGCUGUGUGUUCACUGUGCUAACUGCAGGACUUCACUAGCAAGAGAUGAGACCAUUGCUUGAAUUUCUUAUCUAUGUUUAGAGGAGUUCUCAGAUAAGCUUAUUUUUAAAAUCAGUAUGAUAAACUUUUCUCUUUCCAUGUUAACAUGUUUAUUGCCACUGGUGGUCCAGAUGCCUGCCUUAAGAACCUCAUAAGAAAUCUCAUUUAUCUUCUUUUUACCUGAAGCAUGAUAUCCUUAUGGAAGGAAUGAGUUAAGUACAGCUACCAUCUUUUUCUUCAAUCAAAAAUACUGCGAUGUUGAAGCAUAUUCAAAGGCAUCAGCCCAUCAGUCUGUUUUGUUUUCAGAAGAGAUUACCAAUAGAGAGAGAAAGAAUGAAUUGCUUACCAAUGAGAAAGCAAAUCCCUUGGAAGUCAGGUCUCGGUUUGGCAUCUUCACAGUUUUGUUACUGAAGACUCUGAUCUUCAAACUGGAGUCAAACCUGUUGCUCUCUGUGCACAGAACAUGUCUUAGUGUUGGCAUGAGUCUCCAUGACCAGUGGUAUCUCCAAAGCUGAUAGCUUUAAGACUGCAGAGGCUUGUGAGGAUGUGACAGUUGGAAACUUGAAACUUGUCCAAACUUUACAUUGCCUAGUCUGUUGGUUUUAAUGUUAACUAUUUCUUACUUGGAACUAUUGAAGUUGCUUAUGUUUCUGGCUUCCUUGCCAGAAGACUGACUCUUCUUUCCCCCAUCACAUCACAAACUAAUGCCUGAUCAUGAGGGGAGGGACUGAGAGGCUCCAUAGAAAAAUGGCAGCCGAAACUGGAUUGCCAUCAAUGCAGAGAGAGCAGUCUGGUUUUGAUCAGCCUCUCUCAUAAGAAAACAUGAAGAGGACAAGAGUAUUAAGUGCAUAGUACUGCUGGCAUGUACAUGUACAAAUUUCUGGAGUACAUCACAACUAUUACUUGCAGAUUUACUUACUGAACAUCUCUUCAUGUCUCCUUGCUUGACGUAGCAUAAUAUGGUACUACCUUACCACUAAAAUGACCCCCAGAGUCUGCACAAAGUACCAUCCUAGAACAAAUGAGGAAAGAGAAACAUUUGUCUUAGAACAGAGUGAUUUAAAUAUCUUCUUUCAAAAUAUGAAGUUAAUAAUGUCUGUUACAGCUGCAUGCACCAUAAUAUCUUAAAAUUUGAAGCAGUUAUGUGUUGCCAGAGUCUCAAAGAGAAUGCAUUGAACUGAUGAAUGGAGUAGCACAAACCCCUCCCUCUUUACAGAGUUAAGAGUGGGAAGCAAGUUCUUGAAGUGCUAAACUACAGUCUGAUAGCAGUAGCUGUUUCUCACAGUUUAAUUUCACUUUAAUCAGCUCAAUUCAAACAACUAGGUCAAGUUUGGAAAUGGGUUAGGAAUUGAAAAAGUUUUGGGGUUUUUUUUCUUUCCAUACACAGGAUAGACCUAUGAAGGUAAAAUCCACUGUUAUCUAAAAGGUGAAGGCAGUGGCAACCAGAAACAAUCCAUUGUCCUCUUUGAUAACAAAAUGUAUUUCAUGGAUUUUUCCAAUACAUUUAAAACAGAUCUAAUAUAAGAAUUAUUUCAAAUGCCAUUUUCUGCACUUUGCCAUUUUCUGCACAUUACAGCACUUUGCAUCCAAACAGAGCUCUUGGCAAACUAAUUAAGUGCUACAUAAUAAGAAAAUGUAUGCAGGCAUUUUCAGAUAAAAUGUAACCAUUUAGCAUCUAAUAAGCUAUAGAAUCUUAACUAUGAAAAAUGUAUUCCCUAGUUCUAAAAGGUUGCCAAUCGUUGUGAAGUGACUAUAUUUAAUUGCAAACAAACAUUUAAAUAAUUGCUAAUGAAGUAACAAUAAUCUUUUAGAAGAGAUAAAUAUAGAUGCAAAAUCAGGCUUAAAACAUAGGUUUUUGUUUAUUUAAGUCAUUAUUAAAAAGGAGUCACUUUUGACAGAAAUCAUUCCUCCUGUAAUCAAACUUAGGAGAGGCAGUAAGUAGUAUGUGCUUUGAGAUGCACAAGUUGGAUUUCUUUUCUGAGAUUUAGGUAACUAAAAUAUUGAGGUCUACCACAAGAGUAAAUAACCUGGCUUUCAUUUGCAAUCAGGGAAGACAAAAUAGGCAGGCCUGGCAGGAGAACCAUUCUGUCCUAAAAGAGGUCACGUAAGUUGCUAUGUGGUAGUGACAGCGCUUGCUACCAGAGCAUAGGAAAACUUCUUUAGGCUUAGACGUCUGGUGUUUCAUGGGGUUUUUUUAAGUUUACUUUAAACAUCUCAAAAUGGAGAUGAGAGAGCUACAGUAAAUGCAGUUGACCUUGCUAUUGCCAUGUGUUGAUGGUGCUGCAGUUUUUCUGAGUUCCCCUAACAGCAUCUUCUUUGUGUUUUUUGUUUGUUUGUUUGUUUGUUUGCAUUUUGGACCUUUAUAUGUCCUUUGCAAGGGGCUUACUCUAAGGCUUGCCUGUUCCCCCCUCCUCCCCCCUCCCUCAGAGAUCAUGUUUAAAUAUUUAUUUGUUGUACCCUGUGUCUGCAAGGGAUAACAUGCUGUGACUUCCUUGUUGUCAUGGCAUUAGUCUAAAUAAUUAGACAAAGAGUUAAGAGAUCUACAGUUACUGUUAGUGUAGAACACUGAGCUCUUUUUGAACUUUAAAUUCUCCUUGCUACUGAUCUGUCUUGGUUUUCCAUUGCUUCCCCAAUCUGGACAAGUAUGUGACAUUAUUGUCUUCAUGAACCCAAUAAACUGAACGAAACAUUUCCAGUCCUGCUACACUUAUGUACACUCAUCAAGAAUUUUUCCAUUUGUUCUUUAUGUUACAUUUAACUGCUGCUUUUUCCCCAAAUGAUUCAGCAAGUGUACAGUUACUUCUGAUACGUACAACUUGGUGCCUGAAUGCUUAUUUUUGUCAUUUGAAUUUCUCAUCUUUGAGGAAAAUGAGAAAAUACUAUCUAGUAAGACUGAGUUCUUUCAAAGCCCCUACACAUUCACACUCUCAGUAAAAAGACUUGAAUUACUGAAAGUAAUUAAGGGCUCCCAUCCUCAAAAUCUUUCAAGCUUUGCAUUACAGGAUGUGGGAAAGAGAGAGGGAAUCAGAAAGGUGGGUGGCUCCGACGAACAUUUAAGAUCUGAAAGCAUGCAGAUUGAUUCCUGUAUCCAUCUGCAGCCUUGCAUAUUUCCUAACCUUUCAGGUCCUUUUUCAUUGCUUUCCAGGAUCUGCUUUAAUUACUCUUGGAGUUCUUGUUUUUAGAUAAAUGAAAAUCCAGAAAGAAAAUAUCAUGUAGGUGUUCUGAUUUGCCAUAUAAUAAACUCUGAUAUACUCUAAGUAUCUGCCAGUACUUUGUACUGAUAUCUGAUUAUAAUUUCUGCCUGUACAUGCUAAAAGAGAAAUACUUCAAUUAAUAAACUUAACAACCUCCAAGAGGAAACAGUAUUCUACUGUUGUUUAUCUCCCCUUCAUAUAAAUAAUUAAAUUGAUCCAAAUGAUGUGGUUUAAAUUUACAUUUUACUUUCACCCAGAAGUGCUGAUUUUCCUCAUAUAGAAAGUGCUAACUUCUUGUCUAAGAAACUUCCUAAAUGUUCUCAUGAUGUUAAGGUGGGCUUCAGUCUGUUAAUUAAGGAGUGUAAAACAGACCUUAAUUCAGGAAAACAAGUAAUUGAAGUGUGAAAUACUGAUAGUCUUGUGUAAAAGUUGUUUUACAUUAUAGUUGAAGUGGCUUGAGAACAGAAGGGAGCACAUAAAAAAAUUAACCCAUAGUUAAGUAAAAACUUUAAUAUUCCACAUAUGGAAGAUUUUUUUCCACUACCAAUAUAUUUUGUAAUAUAGUUAAAAUAAAUCUGAUUAUUUUAUAGG